UAGUGGGAAUAAGAUAAACGAAUGAAAGGAGAAGCUCGAAGUUGCAGAGAGCAGGGAAAGGAGUGGAGCUCCAACAAUGGCUUCACUGUCAUCACCACUCACCCGCUGUUACUACCGCAAUUACACCAUAUUCUACAAUGGCUCCACCCUUCCCCGCCUCAUCCUUUUGCAGCAAAACAACACCGAUAAACGCACUCACCAAAUCAGUCGAAGAGAAAUAAUACUGAGGAGCAGCGAAAUAGCUGUGCUCGGCGCCAUCUUCAAAUUCAGCGGAGAAAAGCCUGAUUACCUUGGGGUGCAGAAGAACACACUGUCUCUGUCACUGUGUCCGGCCACUAAUAACUGCAUAUCCACUUCCGAGAACAGCAGUGAUCUAAUCCACUAUACCCCUCCUUGGAACUACAAUCCAGAGAGAGGAAGGAGGCGAAAGGCAGUGAGAAGAGAAGAGGCAAUGGAGGAGCUUCUUCAAGUGAUAAAAACAACUAAACCAGAUAAGUAUACACCAAGAAUAGUGGAGAAGAAAGAUGAUUAUGUGCACGUUGAAUAUGAAAGCCCCAUCCUAGGGAUUGUGGAUGAUGUGGAGUUUUGGUUCCCACCUGGUAAGAAGCCUAUUGUGGAGUAUAGGUCCGCAUCUCGCCUGGGAAACUUUGAUUUUGAGGUGAAUCGAAAGAGAAUCAAGGCAUUGAGGUUAGAGCUAGAAAAAAAGGGAUGGGCUUCAGAAGACAGCAUAUGAGGAAAAAAUCUGCUCCUUCCCUGAUCUUUUGGUAGAGGGGAAAACCAAAAUGGAACAUAACUAUGGUUUUUCGUGAUGGGCAAUUUGUUAUACGGACUCCAGUGCAACUCACAAGAAUGAUGCAUCCUAGAUUUAAAGAUUAUCUAUGCUCGAGAUUUCAUAUUCUUUUGGAGAAUCACAUGAGUUGUUUUCAAAGACUUGACACUUUAUUCUACUCAGAGGUGGAAGUAGCGUUGCAUUUUAAUGGAAA